GAUACAACUCCAUCUAUCAUCAUAAAGACCUUCAAUUCGCCACGCUCUAACUUUCACUCCUCAUUGUCCACUUCUCAAAGAGGAGCCCAAAAAUUCAGUCAUGAUAGGCAAACGCCUGAGUCCGGUGAUCGGAAAAAUCUCCGGUAAGUCCAGUGCGCCGGUUUCCGACGGAUCAACCAGUCCGAGAAGUCCUUUGGAGUUGAAGUCGCCGAGAGGUCCGAAAAGUUACGAUCUUGGCGUGGUUGGACUGGCGAUAGUGGCUGCCCUCGAAACGUCUCGUGGCAAAGACCGCGAAUUUCUGGCUCUCCGGGCUGUUUGUAACCGGGCGGGCCCGAUUCCGGUCAAUUCCGGGCGGUUUUCCGGUAGACUCGCCGGAGGUUUUGGGGAAACGGAGGCGGAAUGCUCGGAGGAAGACGAAGAAGAGUAUACUCUGGUGACCUGCCGUGGUCCGGAUAACGAGUGCUACACCCGGCUGUAUUGUGAUAGCGGUAUUGUUGGUAGCCGCACAAGCCUGAAACCUCGCCGGCCGAGCGUCUUCGAGAUUUCUCCGGCGAUAUCCUUUCACUCUCCGGGAUACCCAGAUUCCGAUUUUCUCAGUUCAUGUCACAUGUGCCGGAAAAAUCUCCACGGCAAAGACAUAUUCAUGUACAGGGGUGAGAUGUCAUUCUGCAGCACAGAGUGUAGAUACAGGCAGAUGGUGAUCGAUGAGUGUAAUGAGAAGAUGAUGAGUUCGGAGAUUUUAAGGUCUGAUGAUGUUUCAAGCUCCUCUCCCUGUAGUAACGGGCAGAUGUUUUCACCUGGAAUUCUGGCACUCUGAUCUACAAUAUAUAAUAAAGCUGUAGUGAUUAGUGCAACCUUAUAUUAGCCUAAUAAGUGAUUAUAAUCUUUAACUUAUGAGUGAAGUCCGUUUUGUAAUCCUAAUCAGUAAAUUAUCAUAAGGAUAUAAGCGGGCAUAGGUUAGGUUAUAAUCCUGGGUAUAUACAUAUGAGAAAUUAACAAGAGGGGCUUCAAUAUUUUUUUUUUCUGGAUAUAAUCUUGUAAAAGGCUUAUCUUUAUGCUCUCUCAAUGAAAUUUUGAAAUCCUUAUGCGGGUGUUAGCUUUUGUUGCAGUUCUACGUUUGUACUUUAUGCAGUGUUUGUCUUAGGAUUUAGGAGUGACCAUUCUAGUGAAUAUAUCAUUAUUUUAUUCGU